CUCACGCUUUUUCCCACCUCUGUUUAUGUCCAAGUAAAAAAAGGGAAAACAAACAAAUGAACAUGAAAAUUCGUACUUUUUGCUCCGAUCUGUAGGCUGUAGUCGUUCAUUGCCAUGGUGAGGGGAAAAAUCUAAUCCUCCUCUUCUUCUUCUUCUUCUUGCUGUUCUUCUUCUCCACCAAAAUAGGAUAUGAGGAUGAAAAAGAGGGCAGUCUGGGGCGUUAUUCUCUGGUUAGUUAUCUCUUUGACUCCUGCACUUUGUGGAGACAUCGUUCAUGAUGAUGAUGAUGCCCCCAAGAAGCCCGGCUGUGAUAACAAGUUUGUUCUGGUGAAAAUUCAAACCUGGGUGGAUGAUGAAAAUGAGAAUGAGUUUGUUGGUGUUGGAGCAAGAUUUGGUGUCACCCUUGAAGCAAAAGAAAAACAUGCAAACCGAACACAUCUUUCUUUACUUGAUCCUUCCGAUGGUUGUGCCCCACCUACAAAUAAGGUUACAGGUGAUGUGGUCUUGGUUGAUCGAGGUAAUUGCACUUUCACAGCCAAAGCAAACAUUGCAGAGGAUGCUGGUGCAAUGGCACUUCUUGUUACCAAUAAUCGUGAAGAACUGUUCAAGAUGGUCUGUGAGAGGAAUGAAACAAAUCUAGAUAUAAAGAUACCUGCUGUUAUGCUGCCAAAAAGUGCAGGGAAGAGUUUAGAACAGAGUAUUAGAAGUGGCAAAACUGUGACUGUUCAAUUGUACUCUCCUCAACGUCCAAUUGUUGAUGUUGCUGAAGUGUUUCUGUGGCUAAUGGCUGUUGGUACCAUAUUAUGUGCAUCAUAUUGGUCUGCUUGGAGCGCUAGAGAAGCAGCAAUGGAGCAUGACAAAUUAUUGAAGGAUUCACCUGACAGCUUACUUGACAUGGAAGGCACAGGCUCCAGUGGUGUUGUUGACAUUAACACAACGUCAGCAAUCCUGUUUGUUGUUAUAGCGUCAGGCUUCUUGUUCUUGCUUUACAAAUUCAUGUCAUUCUGGUUUGUGGAGCUUUUGGUGGUUCUGUUUUGCAUUGGCGGGGUUGAGGGCCUUCAAACCUGUCUGGUGGCUUUGUUGGCAAGGUGGUUUAAGCGUGCUGGAGAAUCCUACAUAAAAGUGCCUUUCUUUGGAGCAGUUUCAUACCUUACAUUAGCCAUUUCUCCAUUUUGCAUAGCCUUUGCCGUAGUUUGGGCAGUAUACCGGCGUAUCUCUUUUGCAUGGAUUGGACAAGAUAUACUUGGUAUUGCAUUGAUCAUUACAGUUCUUCAGAUUGUGCGCCUACCUAAUGUGAAGGUAGCAACGGUGCUCCUCGGUUGUGCCUUUCUAUAUGACAUCUUUUGGGUAUAUCUUUCUCCAAGGUGGUUUAAUGACAGUGUGAUGAUUGUGGUAGCUCGGGGUGACAAAAGUGGAGAAGAUGGAGUCCCAAUGCUGUUGAAAAUCCCACGUAUAUUUGACCCAUGGGGUGGUUACAGCAUCAUUGGUUUUGGUGACAUUCUUCUACCUGGAUUACUUAUAGGCUUUUCACUAAGGUAUGAUUGGGCUUCUAAGAAAAGAUUACUGUCUGGAUAUUUUCUAUGGUCGCUGAUUGCAUAUGGAUUUGGACUUUUUAGUACAUACGUUGCUCUAUAUUUCAUGGAUGGUGCAGGCCAGCCAGCACUUCUAUUCAUAGUUCCAUUCACACUCGGUAUCGUUUUGACUCUUGGGUGGAAACGAGGUGAAUUGCGUAACUUGUGGACAAAAGGAGAACCAGAAAGGAUAUGCCCGCAUAUCCAACAACUUAAUCAAUGAGUACUAUAUCGAAGAAGCCUGGAGGCAUGAAAAUGUUGGACAAUGUCCAAGUUAUGGUCCCCUGCACGGUGAAACUGGCCUUGAGAUAACUAGUUAACUUAGCAAGUUCUGUAGAGCUUCAGCAGUAUUUACAGUUCGUCAUGUAUAUCAAAACCUAGCAGGUCCUGUGAAAUUAGGCAGAGCUGUGUUUUAUAGUGUACACAUGCUAGGGAUCUUCUUGUUACUGCAACAUCGUGAUGUGAGCUCACCAUUGUGGCUGUAAGUUGGUUAAUGUUAGAUGACUUGUUUUCAUUGAACUGCUGGUACCAAAUUAUGUCAAGGACGGCAAGUACGUGAAGAAGCCUUAAGUUUAACCUGUUUUAUAUGCA